AGCAGUUACGUUGCUUUGAGAGGGUCGAUACAGGCGAUUUGUGUGUAUGUGUGUUGCGUGAACAGGCACACCUUUUCAGAGCAGUCAGAGCCUUGAUAAAAGAAAACGUCUUUCAAUAUCUCCGUGGUAUUCAUAAACCUCACCACGUAAACAAACAAACAUAGAAUCUCCCCCAGACGCACUUGGCCUACCUUUCCAUCAUACAUAUAGCACGAAGAAAACCGUUAUUGGGUUCACGGUGUAGCCACAAACAUACACACAAAUACAACCAGAGCUUUAUUCUCUUCGGAUAGACAUUUCACUUGCACACACAGCCCCAAAACCACCCCAAAUGGGGAGCCAGCUCCGUCAGCAUGACAGACAGUACGUUCAAGAUUCUUCUCACCACAGACAAUCACCUCGGCUUCGCAGAGCGAGAUGCCCGCCGCGGCGAUGACAGCUUCACGACUUUCGAGGAGGUUUUGCGUGCGGCGCGCACGGAGCACGACGUGGACCUCUUGCUGCUCGGCGGCGACCUCUUCCACGAGAACAAGCCGAGCCUCGGCUGCCUCGUCCGCUCCUGCUCGCUCUUCCGCAAGUACGUCUACGGCAACAAGGCAAUCGCGUUCUCGCUCUUGAGUGAUCCGGCGGUGAACUUCCCGACACACGCGCUGCCCCUGGCGAACUUCCAAGAUCCGAACAUCAACGUCGCCCUCCCUGUGCUUGCGAUCCACGGCAACCACGACGACCCGGUCGGUGGGACCUCCUCGCUGGACCUGCUCGCCACGAACGGCUAUUUAAACUACUUUGGUCACGUCUCCUCUCUCGAGGAUAUCGUGGUGGAGCCGGUGCUGCUGCGGAAGGGCGGCACCUUUAUCGCCCUCUACGGCCUCGGCAACGUCCGCGACGAGCGCCUGCAUCGCUGCUUUCGGCUCAAGAAGGUUCAGUUUGUUUACCCGAAGCCGGUCCCGGGCCGGAAGUGGUUCAACAUUCUCGUGCUGCAUCAGAACCGCGGCGUGCGCGGCGUGGCGAGCAAGAACGGCAUACUGGAGGGCAUGCUCGCCGGGUUCGGCAUGGAUCUCGUCAUUUGGGGAAACGAACAUGAGCAGCUCAUGGUGCCGCAGCCGUCGGACGGCUUCGACGUGGUGCAACCUGGCAGCACCGUUCUGACCUCGCUGUCCGCGCUGGAGUGCAAUCCGAAGCAGUACGGCAUCUUGGAAGUUCGCGGCACCUCUUACCGCCUUACACCGUACACCCUGCGCAGUGUACGGCCCGUCGUGCGGCGCACCGUGGAGCUGCGCGAGGACGUGCCGGACGGCCGCACGCUAGACGCGGUGGAAACGUUUCUGCAUGGCGUGAUGGCGGACAUGAUUCGAGAAGCCGAGGAGCAGGUGGCCCGCAUCCCCGACGAUGUCUUGCGCUUUCACCCGAACUUGAAGUACCCGCUGAUUCGGCUGGCGGUGGACUUCUCCGAUGUCGCCUCGGCGCCGUACCCGCAGCCCAACUUUAAUCGAUUUGGGCAGCAGUACAUGGAUGUCGUGGCAAACCCAGGCGAGUUGCUGCGGCCCGUCAAGCCAAAACCGGAGCGGCGCGCACCAGGGGCGGUGCUGGGACCCGGCGGCGCGGGUACCGGCGGUGUUGUCGUGCCCACCGCACCGCAGCUUAACACCCUCGACAUCCGUGUGAAGGUGGCGGAGGUGUUCAACCACAACGCCAAAAACGCCUGCACGCUGCUGUCGGAGUCGGAGCUCAGCGCUGCGGUGUACGCGUUUGCCGAAAAAGGCGAGCGCGACGCCAUUGAUGAGCGCUUGACAGAGCUGCUGCACGCCUCGCAGAAGUCGGUAUGGCGGCGCCUGGAGAGUGGGGCCAGCGAUAGCGUCUUAAAUCCAAAUCGGGUCGUGGAGGAGGUGGUGACACACAAGCGGCACGUCAACGAGCGCUACGUGCGGACGGCGCUGCUGGAGGAGGCGCUGCUGCAACGGCAAGAGAACGGCGAGGGGGAGGAGGAGAAUCCAGAAAGCGUCAACGUAGGGUCAUCGCGGACGCACCCCGAGCCGUAUCGGCAGCCGCUGGAUCCCUUCGAAACCGUAUGUGUGGCCUCACCGCAGGCGGGGUCUGGACAUGACGCACGCCUCUCCCAUUCGUUUCCCUUUGCGGGAGAUGGAGGCAGCAGUGAGUUCAGUGGGCAGAUCAACGUGUCGACGCUGGUGCAGCAGGCGAUCGACCGCGGCGAAGGGCUGAGAGGUAUACGGAAGAGCACAUUGAGUAAAAACGCUGAUGGUAGUGUGGCGCUCGCGAACAACAAUGGCAGCAACGAGGAGGAAGAUGACGACAACGGCGAGGAGCUGCCGGAUGACGGCCUCGACCGCGUGCCUCUCGACCACCUCAUCGCGCAAGCGGUUCAGCAACAACAACAACACGGGUCAGCAAAGCGCUCCCGGAGUGGCCCCACCACCCCUCUUCCCUCUUCUCCUGCGAAUGUCACGGACCAUCUGCAACGUAAUGCGUCUGGUACGACCGCCAGGCUCGCGGCGGAGGACGACGACAACGGCGAGGAUGAGGUGGUAGUGGAGGAUGACGAGGAGGGCGUUGUUGGCGGCGGCGGCGGUGGUGGUGGUGGUGGUAGUGGGCGUGGUCGCAUGAAAAAGUCCAUCGCAGCCACCACCACCAACUCUGCAGCGACAGCGGCAAAGAAGCCGCGCACCACAACUACCGCAAGCGGUCCCGGGCGACAACGCGGAGGCGGUGUUCACGCUGCCGGUCGGCGCGCCACGGCGACGGCAGCGACAGCCUCCAACGCCGGAGUCGCCAAUGCCAGCAAUAGUGCGAACGGCGGGGGCGGCCCGACACUGACGCUGAUGGCGCACCAGGGUGCACUCCCGACCACGACGGGGCGAGCUGGCGGUGGGGGUCGGAGCGAUGCCUCGUCCAGACCACGUCCGGGACAGCCACAACUUGGCGGACCUGUCGCUGCGGCAUCGCAAGGGGCGUUGCUGGCGUUGCUGCCUAAAUGGAUCGGCAGUUCUCACCAGCAGCAGCAACAAUAG